AUGGUAUCCGCAGAGAGCGUGAUCGUUGGUGCUUCCUUCGGAGCCUUCUCGUGCGUUAUGGUGCUUUUUCAGCUGAUUGGCUUUAUAAACUUUCCCGUAAAGCUUCACCAAACCACCGGCCUUACGAUUGGCCAUCACCGAUGGUCUACCUCGAUCUGGUGGAUCAUUCAAUUGGCGUUGACAGUGAUUUGUGGCAUAAUGGCCAAACGUAACUACGACAACCUUUUCAGCGGGUUGCUCCUAACCGAUGCGAUGAACAACUAUUUCAAGUUUGGCUUCGGUUUGCUGACGGUUUACGUAACGCUAGCCGACUCCUGGUUUGGCAUUGAAAGGCAUCGCUCGAUUUGGAUACGCUACCGCGAUCUGGCCACCAGAAAUGGAACUUUCUUCGGGCUGAUCGGAAGAGCUCAGCUCGUCCGCGUUCUGGUACGCUUUUUCAUCGUGGUUCUGGUGCUAAUAGUGGUGUGCGCAGUAGUUGAGCGCCAGUUUUAUUACGAUAUUGCGCACGGAUCGCAGUGGCACUACUUUUGGACGUACAACCUGUACCCGCACACAAUCAGUCACCUUAGGCACGUGUAUCAUCUGCUGCACAUCUCGCUGAUGACGGCCAAUGUACGACAGUUGCAAAAUAGAUUGAGCCGUUUGCAGCAGUUAGGCGUAGCGCAGCAACUUGAAGCGUGCCGCGUAAUCUACGGUCAGCUGUGGCAGAUCAACGAAGCUAUCAACGAGCUGUUUGGGUUUUCACAAGCGUUGAACAUUGCCUGCAGCUUCGCCCAGAUCGCAUUCGAUUUUUAUUGGAUAUAUACGAUGUGGAUGUCGCAGGAUACGGGGUUAAGAUGCUUUUUGAUGAACACUGCAAAAAGCCAUCAGCGUGCAAUGGAUGCGCUGGAAACAACGUUACUCGAUAUGGAUUGUUCGGCAGAUUCGAGCCUGAUUCCACUGCGGUAUUUCUUCUUGACUCAGCUACUUCGGACUCGAUUGAGGCUUACGGCGAAAGAUAUAUUCGACUUCGACUACACGCUGAUUCGAAAGCUUGUUAUUGCCAUACUCACGUACGUAAUUCUAUUCGUUGACAUCUCCUAUUAG